AUGCCAAGCUUCGCAAGGCUACCUGCCUCAGGGAUAAAGGUGAUUAUCGUCGGUGCCGGAUUCGCGGGAUUGUGUGCAGCAAUUGAAUGUGAUCGAAAAGGCCACUCAGUAAUAUUGCUUGAGAAAGUCUCGGAAUUGAAACCCCUUGGGGAUAUCAUUAGCUUUUCAUCUAACUCAGGGCAUAUUUUUGAACGAUGGGAGGGAGUCGUUGACGAACUUGAGCCAUUAAUUCAUCACAGCAGUGGUCUUGACUUCUAUGAAUGGUCAGGAAAGUUUUGCACAAGGCAGGAAUGGGACUAUGACAAAACAUGGGGAAGGCGAAUCAAUGGCCACCGAGGCGAGAUCCACGAUGCCGUAUAUCGCCAUGCGAAAGCGCGAGGAAUUGAUAUCAGGCUGGGCCAAAGUGUCAGCGAGUACUUUGAGACUGAGUCCGAAGCUGGAGUCAUAGCCAAUGGCGAAAAGCUAACUGCCGACUGCGUAUUUGCAGCGGAAGGGGUGAAAUCAGCUGGUCGAAAGAUUGUGUUGGGGUAUGAGGACAAACCCAGGGCUUCUGGGUAUGCAGUUUACCGUACUUGGUUCUCUUCGGAAGAAUUGGCCAAGAAUGAGCGGACGAAACAUCUCGUCAAUAAUGGCGAUACUCACUCUGGCUGGAUUGGCGAAGACAAACACUUUCUAGCUGCCUCCAUCAAGGAUGGAAAGGAGUUUAGUUGGGUACUGACACAUAAAGAUGAUGCCGACAUUGACGAAGAUUGGCAAUUCCCAGGAAAAAAGUCAGACGUGCUCGCCAAUCUAAAAGGAUGGGCUCCGAUUGUACAUGAUCUGGUCAAUGCCACUCCUGAGGAUCGGCUUGUGGACUAUAAGCUUGUUUUCCGUGAUCCACUCCCACAUUUUGUCUCGAAGGGUCAUGGGCGGAUUGCUUUGAUUGGUGACGCCGCUCACCCGUUCUUGCCGACCUCGAUACAGGGCGCAAGUCAAUCGAUGGAAGACGGAGUUACACUGGCAAUAACUCUUCAGAAAAGUGGUAAGGCCAAUGUACCACGAGGGGUUCGUGCUUAUGAAGCUAUACGAUAUGAACGUGUUCACAGGGCACAGAUGACCGGAGUGACGACUCGAGAGCAAUGGCACAAAGCGGAUUGGGACAAGAUCUGGAAAGAUCCAAAGAUGCUGCAUUUGAAGCGAGAAGCCUGGCUGUUGAAUUUUGAUGCGGAGACUCACGCUUAUGAAGUGGUCGACGAGGUACUGAAAAAACUCGACAAUGAUGAGGUUGUGAAGGAGGAUGUCAUUCCGAAGCCCACUUCACAUGGGAUCCAGGCAGUGUUAAGUCAAGAACUCGACCAGUUAGUAUGA